CUGGAAACAGCCCUCCGCCGUCCCGGCGCCAUAAAUCGCAAACCACCGACAGUCAGCAGUGAUAACCGACUUGGUUUGGCCGAUUGUAAAACAAUAUAAAUGCCAUUAAAGGUGCUUCCUAGUCGGUCAUUGUCGAUCCGGUGACGGCCAGCUCAGUGACGGUGGAUUCUCGGCGGCAUCAGCAGUUUAUGGUCUCGCAGGACAGUAAUUAUACAACGUCAGAAGCUGGGAAAAUCAACGGCAAUAAUGAAGGUGGCGAAAAGUUUUCCGCUGGUUAUCACCCUGGCCGUUUACGGUCUGGUGACUGUUGUUGGCGGUGAAAACAGUAAAAUAGUUGGUGGCGAGAAAGCGAAUGAAGCGAUUCCGUACCAAAUUUCCCUACAGAUUAUGAUAAACUCGUUUUACGGGCUUGGCCCGAAAACCUGGACGCACAACUGCGGUGGCUCGAUCAUCUCCCCGACGUACGUUAUAUCGGCAGCACACUGCUUGGACACUAUUGACCCUUCACGGUUGUCGAUCAUAUCCGGAACGAAUGAUCUGCGGAACGAUGGCAGCAAAGGAACUCGUCACAUGAUUCAUUCGUUCAAAAUUCAUCCAGAAUAUAAAGAGCUAGACAAAUGCGAUAUUGGAAUUAUUCGAGUGGCGGAUCCCUUUGUGUACAGCGAUAAGGUUCAACCGAUCAAGUACUCUAACAAACACGUAGAUGGGGGCGUUCCCUGCCUCCUGACUGGCUGGGGUUACACGAUUCCUGUGCGGAUCGGAAAAACACCGCAGGAUUUGCAACGAGCAGAACUUACCACCAUCACGAACGACGAGUGUCGUAGCCGUGGGUUCCCGGUCAAUCCGACAGAGAUUUGCACUUUCACCCGCGUGGGACAGGGCGCUUGUGGGGGCGACUCCGGCGGACCACUGGUAUGCAACAACGAAGUCGCCGGUGUGGUGUCCUACGGGACGCGUUUCUGUGGUAUCGGUUCACCGGACGUUUUCACACGUGUUUCCGAGUUUAAACAGUGGAUCGACGAAAACCAGUUGUAACUUGAGCCGCUGAAAACGAACCCUACAACCAGGAAGGAUUGUUACACUUUUUCCACCUAUUGAAUUUGUAUAAUAAAGAACGCAACGAAAAAAAUGA